AUGGAUGUAGAGAUCGACACUCUAUUACACAACGGCAUCAAUGAGAGCAGGUAUGCCGCAUACGAUGUCACUGAGGGUGAAAAACCAUCCCAUGAAACAGUUUAUAACCGCUGUGCGGAUGGUGCCCAUGAAAACUGAAUAAAGGAAUGUGUUUGGGGAAGGUUUGAACGAACAUUUCUUUGAAAAAGAUUUUAAAAAACGAUAAAAUUCAUUUACCUAGCAGAUACGAUAACAUUUCUUCUCUUCCUCUUCAAAUUUUGACAAUAGCGACCCUCUAUCCCCUCCCUAUUUUUCUGCUGUUUGAGUGAGCACCAACGAUUUGUCUUCUUGGAAUACAUACCACAACUCGUCCAACAUCCAUGUCUAAACUGAUGUGCUUACAAAAACACUGUUUCCAUCUCUUUUAGGUCCCAGGUUCUGGCGGCCUUGGUGCUCCCACUUCCCCUUGAGCCCUGGUGCGCCAUCCCGUCCCGGUAGUCCAUCCCGUCCUAGUGCUCAGUCUCUUUUCGGUAAUCCAUCUCGACCUGCUGAGCGUGGUGGUCUUUACAGCAUUUCUCCCAUGAAUCUUGCCAUAAAGCCAUUUUUGAAAGUCAGCCUUGCUUUACAAGUGCUCAAAAUAGUGAGUUAUUGUCAGGAGAACUAA